AACCAACAAGCUCUAGAUGCAUCAUAUCUCCAGUAAACAUCAGACAUGACCCCAGCGACCAACUCAAUCAUUCUGCUCUUUCUGUUCUGCGGAGGAAAUGUCUCAUCACAAAGUGACCUUGUACCCAUUACUGAUGAUGGAGUGAAGCCGGGGACGUGUCCUGUUUUUAAUAAUCUGGAUUUGUGUGAUGAAAAGAUAUAUAAACCAUUAUGUUUUGGAGACAAGGACUGUCCUGGUGACCAGAAAUGCUGUAAACAGUCCUGUGGCAGAGUCAUGUGCUCCAUCCCAAUUUCACGAGUGAAGCCGGGGAAGUGUCCUGAAUUGAAUUUAAAAGAGAUUUGCCCCAAAGUGCGGCCUUUCCCCGGAUGCUCUGCAGAUGACCAGUGUCCUGAUGGCCAGAAAUGCUGUAAAAAUUCAUGUGGCGAAGUGAAAUGCACCAAUCCUAUAGGAGUGAAGCCGGGGAAGUGUCCUGAAUUGAAUUUAAAAGAGAUUUGCCCCAAAGUGCGGCCUUUCCCCGGAUGCUCUGCAGAUGACCAGUGUCCUGAUGGCCAGAAAUGCUGUAAAAAUUCAUGUGGCGAAGUGAAAUGCACCAAUCCUAUAGGAGUGAAGCCGGGGAAGUGUCCUGAAUUGACUUUAAAAGAGAUUUGCACCAUAGUGCGGCCUUUCCCCGGAUGCUCUGCAGAUGACCAGUGUCCUGAUGGCCAGAAAUGCUGUAAAAAUUCAUGUGGCGAAGUGAAAUGCACCAAUCCUAUAGGAGUGAAGCCGGGGAAGUGUCCUGAAUUGACGUUAACAGAGAUUUGCACCAUAGUGCGGCCUUUCCCCCGAUGCUCUGCAGAUGACCAGUGUCCUGAUGGCCAGAAAUGCUGUAAAAAUUCAUGUGGCGAAGUGAAAUGCACCAAUCCUAUAGGAGUGAAGCCGGGGAAGUGUCCUGAAUUGACUUUAACAGAGAUUUGCACCAAAGUGCGGCCUUUCCCCGGAUGCUCUGCAGAUGACCAGUGUCCUGAUGGCCAGAAAUGCUGUAAAAAUUCAUGUGGCGAAGUGAAAUGCACCAAUCCUAUAGGAGUGAAGCCGGGGAAGUGUCCUGAAUUGACUUUAACAGAGCUUUGCACCAAAGUGCUGCCUUUCCCCCGAUGCUCUGCAGAUGACCAGUGUCCUGAUGGCCAGAAAUGCUGUAAAAAUUCAUGUGGCGAAGUGAAAUGCACCAAUCCUAUAGCUAAAGUGAAACCGGGGCUUUGUCCACCAUAUAGACGCAGAGGAUGCACUUUUCCUUUGCCUCCUCCGGACUGCUAUAAUGACCAGUGGUGUCUUGGUAUACAGAAGUGCUGUUUUUACUCCUGCAAAAAUGAGUGCGUCGAUCCUUACACAAGUGAAUGGCCGAUUGAAAUAAUAAGCAAUAACGGAGAGUAACCACAGAAGAGAACGGCCUCCUCGCAGAAGAAGUUUCUGAUCACUCUAUUCUGACAUCAGAUCUGGAGGUUCCAGAGUCAGUUUCUAUAAUCAGAGAUCAGCUUUUCCAUGUGCUAUCAAUAAAUCAGUGAGA